ACUCUUUGGACGUUAUGCCAUAGCUAUUUUGUUGAUUGUCAUGUGAUAUUGAUAUUACAGUUUCCUGGUGCACCAGAAGAACUGAAUACUCGGCAGUGAUGUGUUCUUCCCUGUUGCACCGGCACAUCAGAUGGUAUAUUCUUUUGGGAUGUCUAUACAUGUCUGCUCUCUCCCUUAAUUCAUUCGAGUAUGAAAGAGGAAAUGAUUUUUCAAACUAUUGGCGGGAUGAAUUUCGGCUAGUAACAGGAAAUGCCACUCAGAACAUGAGUCCAAUACAUUUUUCCUCUUCGAAUCAUUUUGUAUCAUGUGAGGAUCUGGGUGGUGUUGGGUCAUUUAACACAACCUGCCUGUUAAACACAAACUUGUCUUUAGAUUCUGAUUUCUACAUAUCUGGAAAGGGGAACCUAGAGAUACUUCCACACGUUCUGAUUUUCUGCCCCAUAGAAGGUUGUACGAUUACUCUCAACAUGUCUGGCAAUAUCAAAGUCAGUAAGCACGCAGCUAUUAUUGCUGGCUCCGUGGUUUUUUCUGCAGCUAAUCUGACGCUGGAAUACAAUUCAUACAUAAAUACAACUGCCCUUGGUGGAGCACCUCCUUCUCAAACAAGUGGCACACCAGUUGGUUACGAUGGAUCUGGUGGAGGUCAUGGUGGCCGAGGGGCCUCCUGUUUGAAAAGUAAUCAGACAAGCAACUGGGGUGGUGAUGUCUAUGCUUGGUCUACAUUGUUUGAUCCUUGGAGCUACGGGAGCAAGGGUGGUGGGAUAUCAGAGGAAAAGCCAUAUGGAGGGCUUGGUGGAGGACGCGUGAAACUUCUCGUAGUGGAUGUAUUAUAUUUAAAUGGUUCUAUCCUUGCAGAAGGGGGAGACGGAGGAUCAAGAGGUGGAGGUGGAUCUGGUGGAAGUAUCUUUGUGCAUGCAGUAAAGUUAAAGGGAAGUGGAACUAUAUCAGCUGCUGGUGGGAAGGGAUGGGGUGGAGGUGGUGGGGGAAGAAUUUCUCUGGAUAGUUAUGGCAUUCAAGAAGAUAUUAAAGUUACUGUACAUGGCGGUGUAAGUAUUGGGUGUCCUGAUAAUGCUGGAGCAGCCGGCACUUACUUCAAUGCUAAUUUGCUAAGUUUGAGAGUUGGAAAUGACAAUAUCACGACAGAAACUGAAACCCCUUUGCUAGACUUUUCAACUACUCCACUAUGGUCAAAUGUUUUUGUGGAGAAUAACGCAAAAGCUUUGGUCCCAUUGCUGUGGACAAGAGUCCAGGUUAGAGGCCAAAUUACCUUAUACUGUGGAGGCAGCAUUGUGUUUGGACUCUCCGAAUUUCCAAUAUCAGAAUUUGAACUAGUUGCUGAAGAACUUUUGAUGAGCGAUUCCAUCAUAACGGUUUUUGGCGCUCUCAGAGUUUCUGUUAAGAUGCUGCUGAUGUGGAACUCUAAAAUCCUGGUAGACGGAGGGAGGAAUACGUUCGUUACUGCUUCAGUUUUUGAAGUCAGGAAUCUGGUUGUUUUAAAGCAAAACUCAAGCAUUAGCUCAAAUUCAAACUUGGGUAUGUAUGGCCAAGGGCUAUUGCAUCUUACUGGUCAAGGUGACACAAUCAAAGGGCAGCGACUCUCCUUGUCGCUAUUUUAUAACAUAACUGUUGGAAUCGGCUCUUUGCUUCAAGCUCCAUUGGAUGAUAAUGAUGCCAGUAGAAGCCUGGUAACAAAAGCACUGUGUGACAGUGAGACGUGCCCUCUGGAUUUAAUGACUCCACCAGAUGAUUGUCAUUUCAAUUAUACACUAUCCUUUUCACUUCAAAUUUGUCGUGUUGAGGAUCUUGUUGUUAAUGGAAUUAUCAAGGGAAGUAUUAUUCAAAUCCACCGGGCAAGAACUGUUAUUGUCAACAGCAACGGCUGGAUUACUGCAUCAGAAUUAGGUUGCAAUGACGGAAGAAAUUUGACUAAUGGUAGAAUUGAUAGACACAAAGCUCGCCUUGUUGCUCGUGGGUUCUCUCAGCAAUAUGGUCGAGACUAUGAUGAGACUUUUAGUCCGGUUGCAAGGAUGCUUGAUGUGAAAAAUGCUUUCCUUUACGGAGAGUUGGAUCGUGAUAUUUUUAUGAAGCAGCCACAAGGAUUUAACUCUAAGGAAUAUCCUGAUUACGUGUGCAGACUUAAGAAGACAUUAUACGGACUCAAACAAACUCCUUGUGCUUGGUUUGGUAAGAUUGCUCAAUAUCUUAAUUUUUGUGGUUUUAAGUCUUCAUGUGCUGAUCCGAGCUUAUUUGUUAAGAAAACAACAACUGGAUGCACCUUGUUGUUAUUUUAUGUUGAUGACAUGAUUAUUACUGGUGAUGAUAGUGUUGAAAUUAGUAGUCUUCAAGAUGCCUUGUCGGUUCGUUUUGAAAUGAAAAGAUUAGGUGAAGCUGAUUGUUUUCUGGAUUUAGAAAUUAAGAAAUGUGAUGAUGGUUANCAAGUGAUGGGAUCCAUCCCGUGGCCUUUGUUAACUCUUGAAGUUUAUGGAUCUUUAACGGCUGAUGGACAAAGCUUUAUUAAAGUAACGAGAAAUCAUAAUAGUAGCAUGAUUGGUGGACGUGGAGGAGGUUCAGGUGGAACUAUUCUUCUGUUCCUUCAGGAACUUGAGCUUUUCAAGAAUUCAUCAAUUACUGUUAUUGGCGGCAAUGGUGGUUCUCUAGGUGGAGGUGGAGGUGGGGGUGGGAGGGUACAUUUUCACUGGUCCAAUAUACAUGCUGGGGAUGAAUAUACACCUGUUGCAAGUAUAAGUGGCUCCAUUAAUAUUAGUGGAGGUGCUAGCAACAGAGGUGGUAGUUAUGGUGGAAAAGGCACAAUUACCGGAAAAGAAUGCCCGAAGGGCCUCUACGGUACAUUUUGCGAAGAAUGCCCUGUUGGCACUUAUAAAGAUGUUAAUGGGUCUGAUGCAAAUCUUUGCCUUCCUUGUUCUCUUGACCUUCUGCCCAAUCGUGCAAAUUUUAUAUAUACACGAGGAGGCGUUGAUAAUCCAUUUUGUCCAUAUAAAUGCAUAUCUGACAAAUAUAGGAUGCCAAAUUGUUUUACACCUCUUGAGGAGCUGAUGUAUACUUUUGGGGGUCCCUUGCCCUUUUCCGUUAUAUUGUCAUGCUUGUUGAUUCUUUUAGCUCUUCUGUUGAGUACACUGAGAGUUAAAUUCGUUGGAUAUGGUUCAUAUCGUGAUGCUGAUUCGAUUGAACCCCACGGUCAUCAUCAUUUCCCACAUCUUCUGUCCUUAUCCGAGGUACGUGGAACUAGAGCUGAUGAAGCUCAAAGUCAUGUUUACAGAAUGUAUUUUAUGGGUCCCAAUACGUUCAGAGAGCCAUGGCAUCUUCCUUACUCUCCUCCCAAUGCAGUUAUAGAAAUUGUGUACGAAGAUGCUUUUAAUAGAUUCAUCGAUGAUAUAAAUUCGGUGGCUGCAUAUGAUUGGUGGGAAGGAUCAGUGCAUAGCAUACUCUCAAUUCUUGCAUAUCCUUGCGCAUGGACGUGGAAACAAUGGCGACGUAGGCAUAAAAUCCACCGCCUUCAGGACUAUGUCAAGUCUGAAUAUGACCAUUCAUGUCUGCGCUCCUGCAGAUCUCGUGCCUUAUACAAAGGAAUGAAGGUUGGAGCAACACCUGAUUUAAUGGUUGCCUUUAUUGAUUUUUUUCUUGGUGGUGAUGAGAAGCGUUUAGAUAUAGUUUCAAUUAUUGAAAAGAGAUAUCCAAUGUGCAUCAUUUUUGGUGGGGAUGGAAGCUAUAUGACUCCUUAUAAUCUUCACAGUGAUGCCUUGUUGACCAAUCUCAUUGGACAGCACGUCCCAGCAACUGUUUGGAAUCGCUUGGUUGCUGGCCUGAAUGCUCAAUUGAGGAUAGUGAGGAAUAGAUCCAUCUGUUCCUCCUUGAUUCCUGUUCUAGAUUGGAUAAAUAGUCAUGCAAACCCCCAACUCGAAUUCCAUGGCGUUAAAAUUGAGGUUGGAUGGUUUCAAGGUACUGCUUCUGGUUACUAUCAGCUUGGUGUGUUGGUUGUAGCACUUGGUGGUUAUUCUCCUCACCAGUUAGAAAGAUCGGAUAUGCUGAGCCAACAUACUAAUGAACCGUCAAGGAAAGACGCUGCAAGUGCAACAGAAUCUCUCGUGCAGUUUGAACAGAGUUGGCAAGCAUUAUCUCUAAAAAGGAUUACAGGUGUAGUUAAUGGAGGGCUUAUAAACAAGGCUAACGUGGGAUUUUUGCAUUAUAAAUGGGUCUUUCUCUAUCCUUUUUCUCUCUUAUUACGCAACACAAAACCUAUUGGACAUCUGGAUACUGUGCAGCUGCUCAUCACUGCUGUGCUUCUAGCGGAUAUUUCUGUUACCCUUCUCAUGCUGCUGCAGUUCUAUUGGAUUUCAUUGGUUGCUUUUCUUCUUGUUCUUCUUGUUCUUCCCUUGUCUCUACUCUCUCCUUUCCCAGCUGGCUUGAAUGCACUUUUCAGCAAGGAGCCUAGAAAGGCAUCACUUUCUCGAAUAUAUGCUCUGUGGAAUGCAACCUCUUUUGCGAAUAUUGGUGUGGCCCUCAUUUAUGGCACUUUCCUGUACGGAUUUUCAACAUUCCAGCCACCUGAUGAGACAAAUACCUGGAGCAACAGAAGGGAGAUUGAUAAGUGGUGGAUCUUGCCCGUAAUCCUUCUGCUAUUCAAAUCAAUACAAGCAAAAUUAGUUGAUGGGCACAUUGCCAAUUUGGAAAUCAAGGAUAUUAGUCUUUUUUGUCCCGACCCAGAUGCUUUUUGGGCUGCUGAGUUUGCUUAGCAGCGUAUUGGAGCAUAUUAUCGACUGAGAUAGGUGUGAUGUUUUGAAUUGUAAAUGUCCAAGUUUGUAAAUCCGUUUUUGAGAUUGAUGUGCAAAGGGCCCUACGUGAUAGCACAGCAUAAUGUAAAUAUAGUGCAUUAGCCCACGCAAUUAGUACCUUUU